GGAGUCGUAGUUCGGCCCCGCGUGGGGUUAUUGAAAUAGCAACAAAAACACCCCUGCAGCUGGUGGCAGCACCGCUCCGCUGCUGGGUUUGUGCCCCCGCCGCGGCGCUGUGCUCUUCCCUGCGUGCUAAACCUGCCGUGGCAGAUGGGCUGAUCCCAGCUCGUGCCCGCAGCUCAGCCCGUCCCCUGCCGAGCCGCUGAGCUGUGCGGUGAUGCAGCACGGAACAGCCCGUGAGUGAGCAGUCUGGGAGCAGUGCUGCGAGCAGAGCGUGGGGCUGUGCUACUGCCUGCAGCUCAGCUCUGCCAGGCCCAGAGCUCAGAGCUCAGCACUCAGCCCAGCAGCACCGUCCCCUCCAUCUACUCAGCAGAAGGGACAGCACUGCAGCUGUCAGGCUGCCGCUUGUUGCUGCUGUCCCCGAACAGCCUCCAAACCCUCACUGAGGGCCUCUGUGAUUCUCUGAGCAUGCACAGCGAUGCUGUUUUGCUGCCUAUCCCUUGGGGGAGUUAGACUGCAGACUGACAGAGAGCAGCUGGAAAGUGUUCCUGCGGUCACUGCUCGCCUCCAGAGCCUGCUGCUUGAAGGCUGAAGCCCCACGGGGGCAGCUGGCCCAUGGCCCCCAAACGCCGAGCACCCCCUGCAUCCCAGCCCGCUAAUGGGGGCAAGAAAGCCAAGGGGGGGCAGGAGGAGGAGGAGGAUGCCUGGAGCUCUGCGCUCACUGCCUUGAAGGCAGCCCCCAAGGAGAAGCCCCCCGCCACCAUUGAUGGGCAGUGUCCCCUGAGUGCAGGGCCUGAUGCACAGGUCUAUGAGGACUAUGACUGCACCCUGAACCAGACCAACAUCAGAGCCAACAACAACAAGUUCUACAUCAUCCAGCUCAUCAUGCACGAUGGCACCUACAGCACCUGGAACCGCUGGGGACGUGUGGGAGAAGUGGGCCAGUCCAAGCUCCUGCACUUCACCUCUCUGGAAGCUGCCAAGAAGGAUUUUGAGAAAAAGUUUUGGGAAAAGACCAAGAACAGCUGGGCAGCACGGGAGAACUUCGUGGCCCAGCCAGGAAAGUACACCUUGAUCGAGGUGCGGCCCGGCGCCGAGCAGGAGGUGGCCCUCAGGGCGGAUGGUGUGGGUGAUGAGGUCUCCAAGCGCCGCACGCUGCCUUGUGCCUUGGAUGAGACCACGCAGAAGCUGGUGGCCCUCAUCUUCAGCAGCGACAUGUUCCGCCACGCCAUGCAGACCAUGAAUAUCGAUGUGAAGAAGAUGCCACUGGGGAAGCUGAGCAAGCAGCAGAUUGCUCGGGGCUUUGAGGCACUGGAGGAGCUGGAGGCAGCACUGGGGGAGCAACCCUGCAGGAUGUCCCGGCUGGAGGAGCUCUCUUCACGCUUCUACACCAUUGUGCCCCACAACUUUGGGCGGGCACGGCCACCCCCCAUUGAUUCCCCCGAGCUGCUGCGUGCCAAGAAAGACAUGCUGCUGGUGCUGGCUGACAUCGAGGUGGCACAGAGCCUGCAGGCACAGAAGGUGGAGGAGGAGGAGGAGGUGGUCGCUCACCCCCUGGACCAGGACUAUGCCCUGCUGUGCUGCCAGCUCACCCUGUUGGAGAACACUUCCCAAGAGUAUGAGAUGAUCCUGAACUACGUGGCACAGACAGGGGGCCAGGUGUACAUCCUCAACAUCUGGAAGGUGGCCCGAGAGGGUGAGGACAAGCUCUUCCAGGCCCAUGACCACCUGGAGCACCGGCGCCUGCUGUGGCACGGCACCAAUGUGGCAGUGGUCGCGGCCAUCCUGAGGAAUGGGCUGCGCAUCAUGCCCCACUCUGGGGGACGCGUGGGCAAGGGCAUCUACUUUGCCUCUGAGAAUAGCAAGUCUGCCUGCUACGUGGGCUGCACAUCCAAGCGGAUUGGCUUGAUGUUCCUGACGGAGGUGGCUCUGGGCAAACAGUACUGCAUCACCCGCGAUGAGCCCACGCUGCAGCAGCCACCUGAUGGCUAUGACAGCGUCCUGGCCUGUGGCCGCACGGAGCCGGACCCUGCACAGGAUGUGGAGGUGAUGCUGGAUGGGAAGAAGGUGCUGGUGUGCCAAGGCAAGCCAAUCCCCAUGCCCACCUACAAAGACUCAUCCUUCUUCCAAAGCGAGUACCUCAUCUACCAGGAGAGCCAGUGCAGGAUCCGCUAUCUCGUCCAGCUCCACUUCUGAGAGCACUGGGCUCCUUGUGUACCCUCUUGGCAGCAGAGUGCCACCAGCCUGGAGUGCAGGAAUCCAGCCCUUGUGGCCACUCACUUGGGUGUGAGAUGGGGGCAUCCAGCCUGCUCCCAUGAGCAAUAAAUCCACUGUGCCUUGCACCAGCAGUGUGGCU